CAUCAUAUAACCCAAUAAUAAUUAGUCUCUUUCUCUCUCUCUCUCUCUCUAGCCAUUGCCCAACACACAACGCCGGUUUAGGAUGUCAGUCGCAGCCGCAAACAGCUGGUUCUCCGCCCUCGUUUCCCCCGGUUGCGCCACUUCCAGUCACUCUCUAUCAUCCAAUCGCCUCUUCUGCGCAUCACGAAGACCUUAUCUAUUAAGUGCUUCAAAAUCCAGUAAGGAUGUGAAUCAAAAUCCGGUUAAAGGAAAACCGAAGAAAUCGCUGAGUAAAUCCGCAGAGAAAGAAGCAGUUCUACAGAAGUUUCCAUCAAUAUCAAGAGACGGGAGUUCUUUAUCAAAUGCAGAUGGAAGAAGUACAUGGAACAAAACUGGACGAUCCCAGUUGACAUCAUACAAGUCAUCUGGCUUACAAAGGAAAGCGAAUAAAGGACUUCUGGUUGACUCGACAAAACAGCAGGUAGAGACAGGUAAUCUCCAAGAUGCUGCUUUCCUUAAUGCUGUUGUAAAGGUUUACUGUACUCACACUGCGCCAGAUUAUUCCCUUCCUUGGCAGAAGCAAAGACAGUAUACAAGUACUGGAAGUGCCUUUAUGAUUGGCCAGGGGAAGCUUUUGACAAAUGCACACUGUGUUGAACACGAUACACAUGUCAAAGUGAAGAGAAGAGGGGAUGAUACGAAAUAUGUUGCCAAGGUUCUAGCGAGAGGCGUAGAAUGUGACAUAGCUCUGCUUUCUGUUGAAAGCAAGGAAUUCUGGGAAGGAGCCGAGCCUCUUCAACUUGGACACUUGCCUAACUUGCAGGAUGCAGUGACUGUUGUGGGAUAUCCACUUGGAGGAGAAACCAUAUCUGUGUCUAAGGGUGUGGUAUCAAGAAUUGAGGUGACAUCAUAUGCUCAUGGAUCUUCGGAGUUGCUUGGUAUUCAAAUCGAUGCUGCAAUAAAUCCUGGUAAUAGUGGUGGUCCUGCAUUUAAUGACCAAGGAGAGUGCAUUGGAGUGGCAUUUCAGGUAUACAGAUCUGAUGAUGUUGAGAAUAUUGGCUAUGUAAUUCCAACAACAGUUGUGUCUCAUUUUCUUGAAGACUAUGAGAGAAAUGGGAAAUACACUGGUUUCCCUUGUCUUGGAGUGCUGUUGCAGAAAUUGGAGAAUCCAGCUCUGAGGACUUGCUUAAAAGUGCCAACUAAUGAGGGUGUACUUGUGAGGAAAGUUGAGCCAACUUCCCAUGCCACUAGUGCGUUGAAGGAGGGGGAUGUCAUUGUAAGCUUUGACAAUGUUCGUGUUGGGUGUGAAGGGAUGGUACCUUUUCGAUCAACAGAGCGGAUUGCAUUUCGCUAUCUUAUCAGUCAAAAAUUUACUGGUGGCGUAGCAAACAUUGGCAUAAUUAGGGGAGGGCAAUUUAUGGAAGUUCAAGUUGUUUUGAAUCCGCGAGUACAUUUGGUUCCUUAUCAUAUUGAAGGUGGUCAGCCAUCAUACUUAAUAGUUGCUGGUUUGGUGUUUACCCCUCUUUCAGAACCUCUGAUAGAGGAAGAAUGUGAAGAUAGCAUCGGGUUGAAAUUGUUGGCCAAAGCUCGGUACUCUAUGGCAAAGUUCAAAGGGGAACAGAUUGUGAUCCUAUCACAGGUAUUAGCAAAUGAAGAAAACAUUGGAUAUGAAGAUAUGAGCAAUGAGCAGGUCUUGAAGUUAAAUGGCACUUGGAUUAGAAAUAUUCACCACCUGGCUCAUCUGGUUGAUUCUUGCAAGGACAAAUACUUGGUGUUUGAGUUCGAUGACAACUUUUUGGUUGUAUUGGAGAGGGAAUCAGCAUUGGCUGCAUCAACCAGCAUACUCAAAGGCUAUGGAAUUAGAUCUGAAAGAUCUUCUGAUCUUUUGGAGCCAUACGUCAACUCUAUAUUACAGAAUGAAGGAGCUAUGGAUCAGCAUCAAUUUGGUGAUAGUCCUGUUUCAAAUUCGGAGUUUGGAUAUGAUGGGCUUCUUUGGGCAUAAGUGGUCACACAUUACAAUAGUUGCUUUUUUGCCUGCAUUCGUAUUUUUUAUGUAACAUUCCUAUUGUUUUUCCCGAAGAUCUUUUUCACUCUUAGGUCAGAAAUAAUUCUUGUAGAGUCCAAGGUAUUCUCUCAUGUGCUGUAAUCUGUCUCUCUUAACCAUUUCUGAGAACAUUAGGCUUCUUUUUUCUCCUUAUUAUUCUGAAUUGUGCUGGAGACUUGUAAUACUAGGUGUAGUAGAAUACUGGAUUUAAUUUAUAUCUGAUAUAUAGAAGGGAAUAAGACGUCAUUUGAAAUA